AUGGAGCUGCUCCUCACAGGAUUAGCAAGCACGCCUGCGGUGACGAGCGCUGCCAUUGGCCCACCUCUUAUUUCCGCUUUUGGUGGGCUCGACUGCGCUGCAGACACGCGCAAUCACUCGGCUGUCAAUGGCUGCGGGCACGAGCAGACGGGCCAUGGCAAAGACAAGUCGGAGCUUCGAGUCUUUGCCUCGGACUUGUGA